GGCCUGUAUGUGGCCUGUGCGCCUGCCCUGUGCCCGCUUACCGCGACUCUCUGUUUGGCUCCCCUGUGCUCUUUGAAAGCAAGAGUUGUUCGCGGCACUCUAUACCGUCUAUUCCGAUCUUUCUCGCGUUAUCCUCGUCGCCGGCGGAAAAAAGAAAUACAUAACCGCGCGCAGAUACACGCGCCGUUUUAAUACACGGAGCGCGCGUCCCACUCCGGGCACAUCCGGGGAAAAGGUAAUUCGUUUCGAUCAUCGAUCAAGGACGACUCCGGGAAUCGGGUAAAUCGAAUCGGGCGGUCGUUUUAUCGGCUCCGAUAUUUUUUCGGGCGACCCGUGCCGCCGCGUCGCGUAAAUGAGAUCCUCCGUGAGAUCGAGUUCGGACGAAGUCGUCGGUGGUUCGUCUUGUAUCGAUUCCCAUCGUAUCCCGUGCGGGCUCGUGUGCACACGUGCGUCGGGGUAUUCGCCGGCAGCACCGACGACAAAUACGGUCGACAAAACGGCGGCGGCGGCGGUGACGGCGGCAGACCGGCGCGGGAGCGUACGGGGACAAUACUUCUCCGGCCGACAUAGACCUGGUUCCGUAAGUAGGUCAUCCCCUCCAUCCGGCGUGCAACCUCCUUCUCCCCUCCUCCCUGAAUCCCUUCGACCGCGGCAAUACCUCCCGCCGCCUCCCGGACAUCUCCUCGCCCAGCACUCCCUCUCCUCCCGAGCCGCGUGUCACCCCCCCACCAGACGGGGCCCUCCGAGGCACCUCCACUACUCCUUCGGGCACCUGGCCGCGCGCGGUGGCAUGCGCUGCUGAAUCACUUUCACUUAUGCCGUGCGCUGUGUUGGUUAUACGACCGUGCUUUUCUCUCUCGCUCCUGCGGUCUCGCACUCGACCCGUGCCCGUCGGUAAAGGGACACGCGCGCGCUCGGUUCUCUCCUCUCCUCUAUACCCACCGAAACGUCAAGGGAGCCCAACGGUGCGCGCCUCUCGCCGUUCUCUCCCGGUUCUGCCAAUUUUAUUUUACUUCGGACGGUGUCACGGUUGAAGCGCGCGUAUCCGUCUCUCUGUGUGCCGGCCGAAACCGAGCGUGUUUCGUCGCGUUUAGUUUCGUUUCGUUUCGUUCCGUUUCGUUUGCGAUCGUGAACGCGAACGCGAGCACAGUGUGUGUCUGCUGCUGCGGUAUACGCGCGUGGUUUUCUCGGCGACGUGUAGCCGCCGCGACGUGACGCGUGUUUCUCUCUGCCGCGGGAAGUACGGCGCAACCGGACAAAAUAAUAACGACAACCCAGGGACCGUCGUGUGUGGAUCUCGUCGUGUGUGGAUCUCGUCGUCUUCGUCGUCUUGCUGCUGCUGGCUGUGAUAUACGUGACGUGUGUCUCGCGAGACGAUCUAUCGACACUGCCUACCUACAUGUGUCAACGGUAGGGCGGCUGCGGGGAGGGGGCGGGCCCUUCGGGAAAGCAACAAGACGAGAAGACAACUAGUCGUACGCAGAUAGCCGAGCUGUCAAGUCGUGCGUCCGGGGUACUGGAGGAUUCUCUUUUUCUCUCUCGCGAUCUCUCUCUCUCUCUCUCUCUCUUUCUUUUAUUCUCUCUUUCUUUCUCUCCCUCCCUCUCUCUCUCUCUCCCGUUCUCUCCCUCAUUCUCUCUCGUUAUUCUUCUGCCUCGGUGUAGCCGUUCGCAAGUUUUACCCGAUCGACUCUCGCUUGCGCCAAGUCGGACUUUUAACGGCACCCUCUCUCUCAACGGAGUAUAUUAUACUUUUUUUGGAUUAUAUUACAGUGUGAGUGCGCGCUACCUCUCUGCUCGCCCUAUUUACCUCGCUGGGUAUCCGUGGUGUUACUACCGCCAAGUUCUGUGUGACAAACGCCGUGGGUUAAAACUUCGUUCUCGCGUGCGCGCAUGCGCGAUCGCCCCGUAAAGCGACCGCCGGUUCGCGUGUUCGAGGAAACGACCGGCCCGAUUGUUUUUUCAGUCCGGUUCUGAACCACUCGAGGCGGUCCCCGGUGGCGUCGUGGACCAGCCGGUGUCGUUCGCUUCGUGUUUUGUGCCCCGAUCGGUUUGUUGUUCCGUGUUCACGAUUCUAACGCUGGAUUAUCAGUGGCGAGACAUAGGAACGAAGGACGACGACGUGCUGGUUGUUGGUUUGUUGUUACGCGAGCAUACGGAGGCGACGCGUCCACGGGGCAUGCGACAGUGACAAGCCAUCUCUUUCAUUUCGUCCGUAUUAUUUAUAGGAACGCAUCGUCGCGCAUACUACCAUGAUUCGGACGUAGUCGCGCGUCGGUUACGAUGAAGCGAGUGGUGCGCGAUGGGUUGUUCGUUCUUUGACGUGUGCCACGGAGAGAAGCGUGACUGGUGAUCGAUAUUAUCGUACGUGCCAAGGGAGGACCCAAAGUGUGUUUAUGCGAUCGGCUUCGUGUAUGUUGUCAACGUCGUCGUCGUCGUCGUCCUCCUCGUCGUCGUCGUCGUCGUCGUUGUCAUCGUCGUCGUCAUCCUCGUUACACUGUCGUACGUUAACGGCGGUGGUGGUGCUCUAGCAUCGAGGUACCACCGACCUUGCACGAGUUCGUGCGCGCACCGUUUUUCGCUCGCAAACUAACAGCGAACCUAUAACCGUCGCUGCUAAUUGCACACACACACACACGUAUAUACACGCGUACAUAUUCACACAUACACAUUAACACGCGAAUAGGCCGUUUGCGAUAAUAGAAAGGAAAAGAAAAGAAAAUAAGAAAGAAAGAGGUAACAUCGUUACCGACUCUGGCCCGAGUCAGCUGUACCAAGGGUAUCCUCGACCGCAUCAUAUAUGAGCCGAUACGCCACGAGCACGUUCCUCCGUGCAGUGCUUGCGCAAGGGUGAUAUGUUAUUGGAGAUGGAGCAGCAUUCGGGCCUGAUAUCCCUGAAUAUGUCGCCGUUCCAUCUAAGCCCGCAGGGUAGUCCCCAAGGUGCGGCCGGUGCCGGUCAACAACAGUCCCAACAGCAACAACAACAGCAACAACAACAACAACAACAACAACAAUCGCAUUACGGCUCCUCGCCAUAUGGCAAUUGCGCCCAAAGCCCGCCCACCGCCAUGUGUCACCAGUCGCAGUCGCAACAGCAGCAACAACAGCAACAGCAACAGCUGUCGAUACAAACCCAGGCGCAUUCGCAGACCGGUAUCUCGGGUUUCGACGCGGCGUUCUUUGACUCGACCGCGCUGGAGGAACGGUGUCCCAUGUGCGGCGACAAAAUGUCCGGCUAUCAGUACGGUUUGCUCACGUGCGAGUCUUGCAAGGGUUUCUUCAAACGCAACAGCUCGCCGUGCAGCAGCAAGAAAGUAUACACGUGUCUGUUCUCGCCGACGGGCGGUGGGGGAGGUGGCGGAGGCGGCGGUGGCGGCGGCGGCGGUGGCGGUGGCGGUGGAGGAGGAGGAGGUGGUGGAGGCGGGGGAAACGGUAACAACGGCGGGACCGGUAGCUGCGCCGCAUCUUCGGCACUCGAGAUCGGAUCUUGCGGCAACAAGAAGGUGUACACGUGUCUGUUCUCGCCAACAGGGGCCGGAAGCGGGGCCGGCGGUAAUGGCGGCGGCAACGGCGCGGCUAACGGCGCAGGGGGCGGCGGCUGCGGAACGUCGACGGCCCUCGAGAGUAGCGGCAGCGGUUAUAACGGAGGGCCCGCCAGUGGGGGAGCGGGCGGCGCGGGUAGCGGUGGCGCGGGUGCCGCUGGCGGCAGUGGGCCCACCGCUGGAAACCCCGCCGCUGGCGGCGGCGGUGCCCAGGGCGGCGCAGGGGGCGGCGGAUCCGCUACGGUCGGGGUCGGCGUCGUGACCGGCUCGAUACCGUGUCCGUCCGACUUCCCCGACACCAAGGACAUCGUGAUCGAGGAGCUGUGUCCUGUAUGCGGCGACAAGGUCUCCGGAUACCACUACGGGCUACUCACCUGCGAAUCGUGCAAGGGCUUCUUCAAACGCACCGUCCAAAACAAGAAGGUCUACACGUGCGUCGCCGAGAGGUCCUGCCACAUCGACAAGACGCAACGGAAACGGUGUCCCUACUGCCGUUUUCAGAAGUGCCUCGAAGUCGGCAUGAAGCUCGAGGCCGUGCGGGCAGACCGAAUGCGAGGCGGUAGGAACAAAUUCGGCCCAAUGUACAAGAGGGACCGAGCGCGAAAGCUCCAAAUGAUGAGGCAACGGCAGCUGGCACUGCAAACGAUACGCGGCAGCCUCGGUGAUCCAUCGAACUAUCCCUCCGCCGUAACGCCUUUCCUGCAUAUUAAACAGGAGAUCCAAAUACCUCAGGUCUCGAGUCUAACGUCUUCUCCAGAUUCGAGUCCAUCCCCCGCAGCCGUGGCCGCUGGUCUGGUCACGACACAGGCUGGCAGCGGAGCUGGUCAGCACCAACUGAUCGCACCGUCCUCCCAGCCAAACAUUUCUGGCGGUAAUCACCUGCACAAUCUCAACCCUGGCCUGGAUAGCAAGCUGUGGGCUGCCAACUCCACCACCCCAAGCCCCAAGCCCUUCAGCUUCGGCGAACAGUCCACGCAACCUCACGGAGCCGCCGGCUCCGCGCCCUCGACCGCCGCCUUGAAAACUAGUCCGAUGAUAAGAGACUUCGUGCAAACGGUCGACGAUCGCGAGUGGCAGGCGUCCCUUUUCGGACUGUUGCAAAACCAAACGUACAAUCAGUGUGAAGUGGACUUGUUCGAAUUAAUGUGCAAAGUGCUCGAUCAGAAUCUGUUCUCGCAGGUGGACUGGGCUAGGAAUUCGGUGUUCUUCAAAGAUCUCAAGGUUGACGACCAAAUGAAGCUUCUGCAACACUCCUGGUCGGAUAUGUUGGUGCUCGACCACCUUCAUCAAAGGUUACAUAAUAAUCUACCUGACGAGACCACACUUCAUAAUGGCCAAAAGUUUGAUCUCCUUUGUCUCGGCCUACUUGGAGUUCCUUCCCUGGCAAAUCUUUUCAACGAGUUGUCGACGAAACUUCAGGAACUCAAAUUCGAUCUUUCGGACUACAUAUGCAUGAAAUUCCUGAUGCUGCUCAAUCAUGAAGUUCGUGGACUAGUGAACAAGAAACAUGUGCAAGAAGGUCAUGAACAAGUUCUACAAGCUCUUUUGGAUUACACGUUGACAUGUUAUCCAUCUGUAACGGAUAAGUUUAAUAAGCUGCUAGCAGUAUUACCCGAAAUUCAUGUGGUAGCAAGCAGGGGAGAAGAUCAUCUUUACCAGAAGCAUUGUAGUGGUGGAGCACCGACCCAAACUCUUCUCAUGGAGAUGCUUCAUGCUAAAAGAAAAUGAAACGAUAGAUUCGUUCGGCAGCAUUGUCACGAGUUAGUGUAUUGCUAUAUCUCAGAAAUCACGAUAGAGCCCCUUACUGUCAAAGUGGACCUCAAGUACCUAUUAAGAGCUAACGCUGCUUAGGUAUUGGACCAAGUUAAGGGGCCCUGGUUCAUAAAAUACCUAUGCAAAAAAACAAAUCGAGUAUAGACGUACAUACUUUACAUAUAUACAUAAUAUAUGUAUUAUAAACUGUAUCUAAAUAUAUAAACAUAAUGACAUAUAUUUUCUAUAUUUGAUGUUGAAGUUUUAGAGAUGUAUCCAUGGAGAAUUACUACCCCUGUUGGUGGGUACAAGCGCAGGGAAACAGUAAGCAAGAUGCCUUGAAAACAGUACAAAGGGUGGUUAACAAAAUAUUGGUCAAAGGGCAGGCAACUUUUGUCUAAAUAAGCAAAGCUAUUUUUCUAAUACUAGAAGCGAUUAUUUUUAAGCAUAAUACCACUGAAGCCUUGCUCUCAUUUUGAACGAAAAACGAAAGAAACGAUAUCCUAAUAGUAAACACGAACGAACGAAGAUAAAAAGAAAUAAAAGGUAAACACACAAAGAAUUGCCGACUCUAACGGUCACAAUCGUGCUUCUUGCAAGGGAUUCAAUGGGCAUACUUGGAACGACAGUAAAAUUUCAUGUGAUAUACUUAUAUAUACAUAUAUACAUAUAUGUCGCACGGCCACCUGGGCAUCCUUAGAACUUCCUAAUUAAAAAACAAAAUCUGCAUUUUGUCACACUUGCACACAGCAGGGCUAUUAUAUUGUAAAUACUAGUUAACACAUUCCAAUUAUGUUGUAAAGUAUAAAUCAUGUUAAAUAUGUAAUUAUAAUAUUUUGUGUAUAGUUUAAUGAAAUAAAUAUAUUUCUGUUGCUUACUGAGAAAAAAAUCAUUAGCUACUUAAUGUCUUCACUAAUUUAGAACUUUAUUCAUGUAUUUUCUCUUUUAUUAUUUUUUUUCAAAUAGGUGGCGGAAAAAAAAAUAACCACGAAAAAUGCGAUAUUUUAUUAUUGUAUAUUGUAUCAUAAUAAAGAUUCUGUUUAAGAAAUGAAAGAAUCAUUGGAGCAAGGUUUAUGUGGUCCUACAUUAUCUAGCGAUUAUUAACUAAGUAUAUAAGAUCAAUAUUGUCUUAUCGCAAUUGUUAAAUAGAUAAAUAUUUACUGAAUGUUAAGGUAGCGAUCGAACCGUAGUAAUUUUUCACUAAUAGAUUAUUAUUAUUAUUGUUUAGUCAAUAGUCAGAAACUUUUCAGUGCUGUGAAGGUUGUCUUUUCGACGCCUGUGGUAUCUAAGCCAUCGGUAUAUUACACGUGCUAGAUUCGAGGCUCAAGUGUGGCAACAAGAACAGAAAUCUUUGCUCGUACUGGUAGGCUGGUAGUACCACCCUUUGCAACUCCUACUGUUUAUAUCCUCUAUCAAAGAAGUACCUGGAAAAAAUGCUAUUUUACUACUUUCACUUUUCCACCGACUUCGUAAUAAGAUAUUAAAUAUAGAUGUAAAUGAUUUGUUGAUGUACGUAACAAAAAAAAAAAGAUAACGAAAGAAAAACUCGAUGCCACAUUAGAUUAAGGAUCAAGUGUUGAAUCAAACCAGGAGGAGUUAGCUGCGAGUAUUACUACCAUGGAAGAAUAUAAAUAUAUAAUAAAUGAAUAAAUAUAUAUAUAUAAAAAUAUAUAUAUAUACACGUAUAUAUUUUCGAAAACAUGCAUGUACUUAUCGUGUGAGUAAAGAUUUGUGUCCACGGUCAAAAAUUUUUGAAAUCUUCAAUAUAGAUACAAAAUGUAAUCAAUCAACGUGUUCCCAAAUUUUCAAAUCGUCUGGUUCUUUUUAAAUCAAUCGAUCAAAAUAAAAAAAAUGUUUGCAUUAUUAUCGAUUGUCGAUUCCUUAAAAAAAAACGAAAAAAUAAGAAAAGAAAAAUGCUUUCAAAACAGUUAAUAUGUUUAUUUAACUCGCAUAUGAAUGUCUACCUCUUCGUAACUGUAUUAAGUCUUACAUUUUUACAUUUUUAGUGAACCACAUACCUCAGAAUAGACACCCAGAUAGCAAAUUAAAUGGAAUGUAUGAAUGUUACCUUACGUAGACUUGAUGUCUACGGCUUCUGUAAUAUGCGUAACGACAGAAUGUAAAAGUUCCAUUCAAGUAUUGUAACCGUUAUAUAUUUCCAUGCUACACUAUCUUAGUUUACUACUAUGUUUAUUCCAAAUUAGAUUAUACUUGUACAUGAAAUGUAUAAUAUAUUUGACUCGAAAUUUAACUAUUACCGACGAAACUGUGAAAGAACUUCAAAUCCCAUGUUGCUGUUUGGGUAAACCACAAGUGAAAAACCGUAACACUUUAUUUAUUGUAAUUUCAUCUGCCCUCGAGACUUCUUGUAGAACGUGUCGGUCUGAUAAUUUUGGAACAACUUAAUGAAAAUCGCAAACAUAAUUAUCUCGAAAAAAGAAAAAAAACACGAAAAUUGUCUCUUCUAAAUAUAUCCCUAAAUCAAUGAUCUUUGUAUGUGUCCAUCCUAUUUAAUCGUCCGCUCGAUUCUGUUACAACGUGUUUAUUGAUAAUUGUAACUAGAAAGUACGAUAAUACUGGUGUAAUAAGCAUUGUGUUAAAUAUGUACAGUUACUAAUUAUAAUUGGCAAAAUAAUCUAAUUUAAUAUCGAUGUGAUUUUUUGCUCCAAUAAAUAAUUGGAAUUAACAUUUAAAGAUGAACUAUUCUGCGUUGUUAACACUGCCAUUAGGAGUUGGCAAUUGUAAAUUAUGUAGAAAAAAAAAUAAUUGAUUGUAAAUAUAUCUUUAUUAUUAACUAAUAACUGUUCCUUUUUAGGAUCGACAGUGCUAUUUUUUAUAUAUUAUACUGAUUGAACUCCUUUUAAACAAUGAUAUUCCCCUUAUUGCACUCCUUGUCUUUGGUAUUAUUGUAAAAUAUGUACAAUAUCCAUGAGACGUAACGAUAGAUUUCGAAAGGAGGGUAAAGGAUGGUACUAUGUAAAUUAUUAAGCAGACAAUUUUCAGAAAUUUACAGAUAGUAUUUGAAAACAUUCAAUCGUUUCUUUAUAUACACAUGUUAUUAUAAUUUAAAUGCGUUUAUGUACAACACAAAGUUUACUAUAAUUUGUAACAACAAUGGUGUCAUUCGUAUAUCGAAUAACAUGUAUAUUAAAACAUUUGUUUGCUUUGUACAAAUAUGAUAACAAGAUAAGAAAAUGCACAGUGGUUAAUAAAGACAUCAACUAACUACUGCA